AUGGAGCUGACAAUCAUCUGGAGAUUUUUAGUUCGCGUUUGGACUAGCUUAAGUGGAUUUCUGUUUCGAAAGGCGAGGAAAGGUAUCAAGCAUGUUUCAACCGCGUUGUCUGCUGAGGAAGUCCAAAUUUCAGAACAAGCUGCUUUUUUGUGCCAGAAGUACAUCGAAGCCAGAUUUACCCGCUCAGAAUUGUGUUUCUUUAAUCCAAAGAGCCGUAAAAACGAGAGGCUCGAUUCAUUUGCCACGUGUUCCGAAGAUGUGAUCAAGACUCUUUGUGAAGUGGGUACAUUACUAGAAAAUAGCUACCCCAAGCUUUACGUAAACGUGUUGGAACAACUGAACUUUAGAAUAAAUCUUGGUAUCCUCGUCUGUCAUAUGUUCAAUCGUGUCUCGGAGAAUAUCAUCGCCUCGGGAAUCAACUGGGGACGCAUUGUAGCGGUAUACGCUUUUGCCGGUGCGCUUGCCUAUGAUUUUACUCAAGCCGGUGACACGAGAUUUAUCCGCAAUGUGUCCGGAUGGAUGGGACGAUUUUGUGCUAGGCGAUUAAGUCCGUGGAUCAGACAGAAUGGUGGAUGGGUGAGUAGGCUCGUUUUAAUAUCUAUUUCAAUCAGAACAAACCACAAUAAGUCUUCCGGUUAUUUUUAGGAUUGUGUUUAUUCUUCUGUGGUAACUUAAAAUUGUAAUGAAAUUACUCGCGUGCGUUUAUUUGAAUUGAAUCAUUGCAGAUCAGAGCCGGUUUACACUACGUUAAUUUGCAUUUCUUUGGAUUAACUGUGUACGUGUGAAGCUAGCAAAACAAUUCAAUUGUGAAAAGAAAACGCUUGAGUGGCUUUUCCGUCACUCAAGCGUGCCCUCCUUCAAACUCUCUCAUACUUCAGUAUAUUCUUAAAAGCACCCAUUGCAAUACUCGGCGAAAACUUCCUUCUUAUUUAUUUCGUGUUGUUUGCCUAGAUCACUAGUAAUAUAUCAAACACAAAAUUCAUUUAGAAAUUAUAAUUAGAGCACUUCCCAGUAAGGUGGGGAGGCGGGGGCGGGGGGGAGGGGCUGGGUUAUUUUGUGUAACCUGAUUUUGGUUAGGUUUUGGCUUGUAGUUAACAGCCUUCUUAAAAAAAAAGAUCCUCUUUUUAAAACAGAUCUCUGCCUCUUUCGAUCAAAAGGUUGUGUUAAAAUUCUCCUGGACGCAGACUGGGCCUAGCUUGUGAGACAGAUUUUUCUGUGUUGGGGUAUCUUAUAAGGCGGGCAAUUGCUCUUCAGUGUUUUAUUCUUGUUAGCCUUGGUUUGAGUCAAAGGUGUGAUUUUAAUCCGUGGAAGACAAAUAUUUUCCGUAAAGAAUACGAUCAUAUCCGAAGACGUCCGAAGAUAUUCGAGGAAGCUUCAAAGAUUUCUGAACUGGAUAUGGAGGCUAUGAAGGUCCUUUUGCCGUACACCCUCAUGCUCUCCCCAGUCUCCCUCUUCUUUCAGACUAGCCCGGGGAGGGGGGUGGGAAAACUUCGCCCAAAAGAGCCUUAGGGAUUUCAAUGGGAGAUCUGUAAUUGCAGUUUGUGAUAGGACCUUAGUAAGGGGCUAUCAAGCACAUUUUCUCCGGGGUUGUGAAGAAGAGAAAUCUUUCUGGCUUAGUGAUGUAUUCAUAUUCAAAAGACGGUGCAUUUAAAACAGCUCAACAGUUAAAAGGGAUACAUCGUUUUAAACUAGUAUCUGAAAGGGGUAGGGAGUCAGUAAAAGGCGGGGUCGGGGUUGGGGCCGGGAUUGGGGUCGAUCUUUUUUUUUUAAAGAAUGCUGUUUUACGGUUAGCGUUAGGGUUAGAGACGAAUGGCUCAAACACUCGCUCGGAUCACGUGACCCGAAACGCAUUGGCCGGGCGCAAUAUUGAUGCCUAGGGACUAGGCAAGGUAAGAGCCUGUGGGCAUAAAAUUAUGUGAAACGGAUACUUCUGGUAAGGGACUGUUUUCGUAAGCCAGUAAACAAAUUAACCAAACAAACAAAUGAGGAAACGUACAUAAAAUUUGCUUAGUUUAGGCUUCUCACCGGAAACUCAAUUAUGAAGAGUUCAAAGCACUUAUUCUAAAAAUGAUAUGCCUGUUUUAAUCCCGACUUACAGGAGGGCCUCGUUACGCAUUUCAAGGAAGAGGAGCGGUCUGUAAUGAAUUCCUUUAGCAAAUGGUUAAAACGAAAUCAACCAAGACUGAGACAGAAGCCUGGCGAGUGA